UCUCAGGUGAGCGGUGCGGGAGUCCCUGCGACUACACACACUCCCAACGCUGACUGCUUUCCUCUGUGCCCGCACCACAGCUGCAUUCGCAUCCGAGUUGGCCAUGACGGUCGUCGCCGUGACAAACUACUUUCCUCCUCAGACGGGCUCCGUCGUCUGCCCUGGCUACUUGGCUCCAAAGGACGAUCUCGGGAAGGGAUGAGUUCCGAGGACCAUCUCGAGACUCGCGGGCAAAUGAUCGGAAGAUCCAUCGCUCUGGGCUCGACUACAGCGGGUACGAUCGUGAGCGACAGGAGCGAUACGCCUGCUUCUUUGAUCCCCCUCGUCAUCAUCCGCAGGGACGGCUCAGCAGUCACUCCAGCAGGCGUCACCCGCCGCCUAGAAGACGAAGGUGGCCUGUCCCUUCUACAGCUCCGCCUGGAGGAGGAACGACAUCGUUCGCGAGCGCGCCAGCACGAAGACGAGAUCAUGGCGGGUAUAUGCCAGCCUGGCUUCUUUGCUUCGAGAGAGGAAGAAGCGCAAAGACGAAGCUUGCGGAGCUCGCGCGACUCGAGGGCCCGCCCUGCUUCUGGUGGAUCGGGCGCAGUGAUGGGCAGCAGCUGCGCGAACGAGGCAAGCUCGAUCGUCAAGCCGACUCAGGCUGCUGCUCGCGAUCAGAACUGUCAUCGACGUUAACUUGUCGGCGGCAUCUCCUUCCCACCUCCCCAGCAUCGUCUUCACAGCAGCUUUGCCGUGGCCAACCCAGGCGCGCCAGAAUUAUCUCUUCGCCAGGGCGAUGUCGAAUUGCAGACGGUGACAGAGGGUGCUCGAUCGCCGCCACCUGCCUACGCUUCAGUAGAAUGUCUCACUGCGGCUGUCGAGAGGGGCAGUGAGUCUGCAGAGCGCGAGCCAGGAUGGGGAGAGGGAUUGGUCCACCAGGCAGAGUUACCGGCUUCACUGCGCGUGAAUGGAAGGACGGAA